UCCACAGACCAGCUGCGAUGGCAUUCUACUUGAUGCCGUCCAAGGCAUCAAAAUGGUCGAUGAUGCUCAUCAUGACCGCAGCCUGGCUGGCCAUCUUCAGCGACGCAGCUGCGUCGGCCUCCUCCCGCAACUCCUCAUCCUCAUCACUUCGCACCACCAACCUCGAGUGGGCAUCACAAUCCUCCCUCUUCGCAGCUCCUCGACCACCUGAGUGCCCACCUUGCUUCAAUUGCCAACUUCCUGCCUUCAACUGCGCAAAUGCGGGCCACUGCCGUCCGUCCGAUGGACAAUGCGACUGCACGACUGGCUUCGGAGGGCAGGACUGCCUCUCACCUCUCUGCGGCAGUCCCGUGCAGGGCAAACAGCGCUAUCCCCGCGAGGGCGAGGACGGAGAUGGGGUCUGCGAGUGUGACGAUGGAUGGGGAGGGAUGAAUUGUAAUGUCUGUCAGGAGGACAGCGCUUGUGGCGAGGUGCUGAUGGGUGGCGAGAGACUGGGUGAGAACGGAACUUGCUAUGCCGGAGGCGCCACUGUGAGGCAGAGCUUCCAAGAGUGCAAAGUUACGAAUGAGCAGAUCGUAGCUUUACUACCGGGAAGACCACCCAAGGUCACCUUCAGCUGCGAGAAAGAGCCGCAGACUUGCAACUUCCAGUUCUGGAUUGGCCAGAAAGAGUCCUUCUAUUGCGACUUGACUAAAUGUAGCGAGGAAGUCGAGCUUACAGCAGAGAGCAACAACACCCGAUACAAGUGCGAGACGGCAAGCUGCUCAUGCAUCCCCGGUCGAAUGCUUUGCGGCGAGUCGGGCAGCAUCGACAUCGGCGAGUUCCUGGGCGAGGAUAUCAAAGGGCCGGCGACGAUGUCGUGCAAGAGCGGCAAGAACGGAGACAGAAAGUGCAACUUUGAGGAACCAGCAAUGAACGGCCUCAUCAGCGACGUCUUUGGAGACCCAGCCAUCUUCCUCUCCUGCCAAGCAGGUGAAUGUGUUCACUACUCUCAAGUCCCCGGCUAUCAUGCCCCUCUACCACCACCGCGAGCCAUCUUCUGGGUGGCCUUCUCCGCCGUGGGUGCUCUCGUUCUCGUCUUCGUAAUCGCCACAGCCCUGUGGCUCCUGGGCCAGCACGACAAACACGAAGAGUAUGGCAGCGUGCGGUUACCAGAGGAUGAGGCAGCGAGAUUGAUGGCGGAACAUGUGCCUGCUUCGCUCAGCUUCAAGGACCUGAGCUACAGAAUCGGGGAGAAGAAGGUGCUGGAGGGCAUCAGCGGGAGCGUGAGGCCUGGUGAGGUAAUGGCUCUUGUAGGAGCCUCUGGCGCAGGCAAGACGACCUUCCUCGACCUCCUCGCUCGGCGCGAGAAGCGCGGCAUCAUUGGCGGCACAACGCUGGUCAACGGCCGUCCUGUCUCAGACGGCGCCUUUAAGCGCAUUGCCGGCUUCGUUGACCAGGAGGACUGCCUCAUGCCCACUCUCACGGUGUAUGAGACGGUCCUCUACAGCGCCAUGCUUCGCCUGCCCCGGGUCAUGUCCAUCGAAGCAAAGAAGUAUCGUACGCUUGAGACGCUCAAUGAGUUGGGCAUCCUCCACAUCAAGGACUCACGCAUCGGCGAUUCUGGAGCGAGGAGCAUCAGUGGUGGCGAGAAGAGGAGGGUGUCGAUUGCGUGCGAGCUGGUCACUUCACCUAGCGUGCUGUUCCUGGACGAGCCGACUUCGGGAUUGGACUCAGCGAAUGCGCUCAACGUGGUUGAGUGCCUGACCAACCUAGCGCAGCAGUAUCAUCGUACGGUGGUGCUGUCGCUGCACCAGCCGUCAAGCAAGAUUGUGUCCCUGCUCGACAAGCUGGUUCUCCUCUCGGCGGGCAAGCUGGUCUACUCAGGACCCAUGGCACGAUGCGCGGCCUACUUUGCGGGCAUUGGCCACCCUUGCCCUGAGGGACAUAACAUCCUCGAGUUCCUCAUCGACCUCACGUCCAGUGCCAGCAGCAGUGCGCAGCAGAGCACUGCACCUACGCCGGGCAGUGCGGCCAUGCCGGUCCCAACGCAGGGCUACCAGGAUGAGGAGGCUGGACCGACGCUCAGAAACCGCUCUUCGCUGCACGAGUUGACGACGAGGCCGAAUUCGACUGCUGCGCCCGGUGAUUCGACGCCGAACAGCACAAUGGGCUCGAGACUGGCUGCUGGCAUUCGCGGAGCUUUCGCCUCAUCCUCCGGCAACGGACAUGCAUCUAAGCAGCAAACACCUCCUCGCCUCGCUGCUCUGAUCGAAGCCUUCUCCAACAGCGAUAUCGCCAAGGAAGAGUCCGGCGCCACAGCCACAGGCUCCUUCAUCCCCGCCAACGGCAGCGAUAUAGAAGAAGCAGACAAGGUCCUGCGCUCGCACCUGGCCGCCUCCCUCUUCACACAACUCCGUAUUCUUUCCGGUCGCUCCUUCAAGAACCUCUACCGCAACCCGCAACUCAUGCUGGCGCACUACGCCCUCUCCCUCCUGUUGGGCUUGUUUGUCGGGAUCCUCUACUACGGUGUCACUAACGACGUAGCCGGCUUCCAGAACCGAUUGGGGCUGUGCUUCUUCACGUUGGCCUUGUUCGGAUUCUCGACGCUUACGAGUCUGGGCAUCUUUGCGGCUGAGAGGCAGCUCUAUGUGAGGGAGAGAGCGAAUGGGUAUUACAGCCCGGUGACCUACUUUGCGGCUAAGCUACUCUUCGACAAUCUGCCACUGAGGGUGGUCCCACCCCUGCUCUUUGGGCCGACCAUCUACUUUACCGUCGGGCUCGUGCCGCAGGUAGCCAAGUUCUGGAUCUUCAUCCUGACCCUGGUCCUCUUCUCCCUGGCCACCUCAUCAAUCGUCUUCUUCCUCUCCGUCUCCAUCAAGGACACGGGAGUGGCCAAUCUGCUCGGCACGCUCAUCAUGCUCCUCUCCCUUCUCUUUGCUGGCUUGCUCAUCAACAGGCAGAAGAUCAGCUGGUGGCUCACCCCUCUGCUAUACGCCUCUCCCUUCCAUUCGGCAUUGGAGAGCCUGCUGGUGUCGCAGUUGAAUGGUCUGCAGCUCAGGGAGCACAAGUACGGAAUCGACAUUGAGGUGCCAGCCAGUGUGUUGCUAAGCAGCUUUGGUUUCAGGGUGCAAAACUUCGCGCUUGAUAACGUUCUACUGGCGGGGACUUUCCUGCUGUUCAAUGCUCUUUCGCUGACUUGGCUGGCCUUCUUCGUGCGCGAGAGGAGAUGAGCACUCAAGAGGCUGCAGCGCCUUUGUCAAUACGCUUGUAGAGAUGUCAAUCCCAAUCUAUCAUUCGCUUUGUAUGCCU